CUUUCUGUAGCUCCAUCUCGGUCUCUCACUCAACCACUCUGCAAAUCCUACGAUCCUUCUCGUCGACCUGGAUCGGAAUUUCGUAGGUUGGGUAGCUAUUUGACUCGUUUUCCUGAAUUUUACGGGAAAUUUUGAGGUUUGUUUGCUCAGGCGGAGAGGAUUAUUGGAGGAGCUUGAGGAGAUUUGAGAAUGUCCGCUUCUGUGACGAGCACCGUGUACACCGAUGUGAUCAAGGACGUCAUCAGCAAGGUCCGUGAUGAGUUUGUCAACAACGGUGGCCCUGGCGAGAGUGUUCUCCACGAGCUUCAGGAGAUUUGGGAGAUGAAGAUGUUGCAAGCUGGAUUUAUAUCAGGUCCGAUAGACAGAACUUCAACUCAGAAGCAGUCGACCACUGGUGCUGGAAUUACUCCCGUUCACGAUCUUAAUGUCCCAUAUGAAGGGACGGAGGAAUAUGAAACUCCUACUGCUGAGAUGCUUUUUCCUCCUACACCUUUGCAAACUCCAAUUCCAACACCUUUGCCUGGAAGUGCUGACAACUCUAUUUAUAACAUUCCUACUGGUCCUAGUGAGUAUCCCACUCCUGCGAAUGAUGCUGGGGGCAACACUGAGGGAGGAAAAGGUGGAAGGCCAAGCCCUUAUGUGCAAUCUCCUUCUCCUUGGUCGAAUCAAAGGACCCCGCUCAGUGUUGAUGUUAAUGUCGCUUAUGUGGAAGGGCGGGAUGAGGUGGACAGAGUAACCUCUAAUCAACCCCAGACACAGGACUUCUUUACAAUGUCUUCUGGGAAGAGAAAACGUGAGGAUGUUGCUACACAAUAUCGCAAUGGUGGAUAUAACAUUCCCCAGCAAGAUGGAGCUGGAGAUGCUAUGUCUGAGGUUAAUUCGGUACAGGUAAGCCAAAGGAGCUAUGUUCUUGGUAAAGGUGACUCAGUAGCCACUGCAGACACAGAGAAGUUAUCACAACUGGCUAGGUCAACUUCAAAGAUUCCUCAACUGGAUGGGCCAAUUCCUGAUCCAUUUGAGGAUAUGCUUUCUACUCCCAAUGUAAGUAUUAUACUUUUUCAAAUUCAGUGGAUCUACAAUUAUCAAGGAGUUGUCAAUGAAGACUACAAUAUAGUGAACACACCAGCUCCUGAUGUUCCAGCGGCUACCCCUGCUCCUGUUGUUCAACAUGAUGCUGCAGAUGAUGAUGAUGAUGAUGAUCCAUUAAAUGAGAAUGAUGAUGAUGAUUUCGAUGAUGCGGACCACGGAGAGGAGCUGAACACACAGCAUUUAGUUUUGGCUCAAUUUGACAAGGUGACGCGUACCAAGAACCGGUGGAAGUGCACACUCAAGGAUGGGAUUGUGCAUAUUAACAACAAGGACAUUCUCUUCAAUAAGGCUUGUUUUUCAUCAUUUGAUACCCUGGAAUUUCUUUUUCUCCUGUUUUAAUAUUGCACCUGCCAUUAACCAUCCAAGGCUUUCAGUAAAGUGCUUGUCUCUUUUGCAGGCAAGUGGAGACUUCGAUUUCUGAUUUUGUUAGAGAUACGCCUCUUCAUCAUCAGGGUUGCAGCUGCUUCAGAAGAUCAAAUCUGAGUUGUCUUUUGGUGUUAAUUUUUCUAAUUUAUUAUUAUUAAUAUUAAAGAGCUAGAGAUUGUACAUAAAAAGGAAGAGCUUUUUCGGCCUUAGAAUGAAUGGAUGCUCAAACAUGUUUUAAGAAGUUUACCAUUUCCCAGAUGGAAUUUGUAAUUCCCUUCAUCGCAUAUAAAUCGAGCCUUUUGUUCCAGCUAAACAAUCUAUUCCAUGGUUUUUCUGAAAUCAAAAUUCUCCUUCACA